CGGGCGAAGUUUGGUUGAACCCGAGAGCAGCAGCCUCUCAGCGGCAGUAAGGUGUAGCGACUGGACGGUGCUGCUGCUGUUGCGAGGCUGUGCCCGACGACACACUUUUUUUUGUUUUGGUGGAAAUUGAAUUAUUUUUGCUCACGGUUCGGGAGACACCGGUGACAACGACGUCGACGCGACGACACCGUCUGGAGCGGCACGAGGAUCACAGGAGGCUCAGCGAUGAACAAACUACGGCAGAGCUUCCGCCGGAAGAAAGACGUGUACGUCCCGGAGUCCAGCCGGCCGCACCAGUGGCAGACGGACGAGGAGGCCGUCCGCAGUGGAAAGUGCAGCUUCACCGUCAAGUACCUGGGUCAUGUGGAGGUGGAGGAGUCGCGGGGGAUGCACAUCUGUGAGGAGGCGGUCAAGAGACUCAAGACGGACAGGAAGUUCUUCAAAGGAUUCUUUGCAAAAGCGGGGAAGAAGGCAGUGCGCGCCGUGCUGUGGGUGUCGGCGGACGGUCUGCGCGUGGUCGACGACAAGACCAAGGCCGGGUCCCCAAAAGCAAAAACGGACCUGAUCCUGGACCAGACGAUAGAGAAGGUCUCGUUCUGCGCUCCAGACCGUAACUUCGAGCGGGCCUUCUCCUACAUCUGCCGGGACGGCACCACGCGGCGCUGGAUCUGCCACUGCUUCCUGGCCGUCAAGGACUCGGGCGAGCGGCUGAGCCACGCGGUGGGCUGUGCCUUCGCCGCCUGCCUGGAGCGGAAGCAGAAGCGCGAGAAGGAGUGCGGCGUGACGGCCACCUUCGACGCCAACCGCACCACCUUCACCCGGGAGGGGUCCUUCCGCGUCACCACGGCGACGGAGGCGGCGGAGCGGGAGGAGGUGAUGCGGCAGCUGCAGGAGGCCAAGAAAGCCGAGGCUGCGCCCCCGCCGCCGAGCUCCGCCUCCAGCGGCAACGGCUCCUCGGGCCCCCCGUCGGACUCGCCGGGCUCCUCCCCCCCGCUGUCGGCCGCCACGCUGGGCCCCCAGGCCAUCCCGCGGCGCCACGCCCCGGCCGACGCCCUGGCGCGGCAGGGCUCGUUCAGGGGCUUCCCGGGCCUCAGCCAGAACAGCUCGCCCUUCAAGAGGCAGAUGUCGCUGCGCAUCGGCAACGAGCUGCCGGGCGGCGGCCCCCCCCGCAAAGACUUCCCCCUCAAGAACAGCGCCCUGUUGUCUGGUGUUCCCUCCCCAGUGGUGGAGGUGGAGGGCGAGGCCGACAGCAUCAGCUCCCUCUGCAGUCAGAUCACCACCGCCUUCAGCGGGGGGCCGAGGGACCCCUUCGCCUCCGCCCCCAUGCCCAAGCCCACCUCCUCCCCGCAGUCGCCGGUCGCUCCAGUGAACGGCUCGUCGCCCGCUUACCCCCCAGCCCUGCCCCCUCCGCUGCCCGCCCGGGACACUAACCCCUGGGCUAGGCUCCCAGCGGGCCUCCAUUCGGCCCCAGGAAGUGACUGGUCCACGUCGGCGACGGGGCCGGCCCUGGGGGGCCCCGGCUCCUCCCCCGCCCUGCCCUCCCACCGCCGCACCCCCUCGGAGGCGGACCGCUGGCUGGAGGAGGUCACCAAGUCCGUCCGGGUGCCCCCGCAGCCGGUGGCGGUGGCGCCCCACCUGGGCCCCCCCGCGGGACAGCACCCCGGGGCGGCCCCCACCCUGCCGCCGCCCAUGGGCUUCCUGCCCCCGCCCAUGCCCAUGCUGCCCCCGCGCCAGCCGGCGGCGGCGGCGGCCUACCCGGUGUCCAACGGGCUGGCGUUCGGCCCGCCUGUGGUGCCCGUGGUGGGCAUCACCCCGUCCCAGAUGGUGGCCAACGUGUUCGGGUCGGCCGCCCAGCCCCCGCCCCCCUCCAUCGCCCCCCACCCCCAGAUGCUGCAGCAGCCGUUCCCCAUGCCCCACUACGACCACGGCCACGCCCAUCCCCACGCGCUGGCCGCCGCCCACUACAGCAAGCCCCUCCUCCUGCCCCCCGUCCUUAGCCCCGCCCCCCUGCUGCAGCCCUCGUCCAAUGGCAGCGCGGCGUUCAACGGCGGCGCGGCAGGGGAGAACUGGGCCACUGCCGCCGCCUCCCAUCAGCUCCCCUCCCUGGCCCCGCCCUCCCCCGCCCUGGCCCCGCCCAAGACCUCGCUGGCCCCGCCCCCUCCCGCCGGGCAGGUGGACGCCUUCGAGGCCCAGUGGGUGGCGCUGGAGGGGCGGUCCCGUCAGCACGCCUCCCCCUCCCCCACCAACCCCUUCUCCAGCGAGCUGCACCAGACCUUCGAGAUCCAGCUCUGAAGACCCUCCCACUCUCCCCAUUCUGCUCCCGGAUAGAGGGGGGGGAGGGCUCUGAAGACCCUCCCCUCCCCCAAUAACAGGGGGGUCGGGGGGUUAGGGAGAUCUGAAGCCCCUCCUCUCUCCUCCUUCUCCAGGGGGGAGGGGGUUAGGGAGCCCCCCUACAGCUGUUGGAGACGGAAAGACUUGAGGAGGAAGAUAUAUAAAACUGUAGAGGCUGAUGUGGUGGCUAGAGAGGAGGGGGAGGAGUCUUCUGAAGCAGAGGGGGGGGGGGGUGAGGAGACGUGUGUGUGUGUGUGUGGGAGGGGGGGGGCGGGGGGGUGACGGACGAGGCGUGAGGUUCCGCCUCUAGUGGUUGGCCCCGCCCACCCCAGCAUCUCAUUACAUUGCCUGUAUCUGUUUUUGUUGUUAUGACAUCAUGAUCGUUGUCAUCAUCCAUCGCCCCUGCAAAGUGGUGGGAGACCCCGAACGCUGACUCAAAAACCUCCCUCUCCCCCCCCCCCCCCCCCGCCCCCUCACUGGCCUUCGGACCACCGACAGCACUGAGAGACCCCCAGCUUCCAGACAGGAGGUCCUAACCCUCGAUGACUUCACAAUCAGAAGGAACUCAAGAGCGACCGAAUGCCAAAAUCUUUAUUUUUAUGCAUCGAGUAUAUUUUAAAUAGCUAUGAAAUCUAAAACGGAGAAGUUGUAAGUUAUCUUUGCCAAAGGCACAGGCUAGCUAAAAGGUGUGUGUGUGUGUGUGUGUGUGUGUGUGUGUGUGUGUGUGUGUGUGUGUGUGUGUGUGUGUGUGUGUGUGUGUGUGUGUGUGUGUGUGUGUGUGUGUGUGUGUGUGUGUGUGUGUGUGUGUGUGUGUGUGUGUGUGUAAGAAGUGACCCUAUAUAUAUUACGCAUAAAUAUAUAUCUUUAAAGAAUCUAUACUGAACACACCGCCGGUGGCAGUGGUAGUUUUCCAUGUUCUGUAGAGAGGUUGUGUGAAGGGACUGCUGCUUUUACUCGUUUAUUUAACGAUUUUUAUUUUUUAAAACAAAAAGCAUUGCCGUCAAAGGUAUCCUGUGAUUGGAUGCCCAGGAUCGCAUUUAAUAUAAAGGGGCGUCAUUGCAGCAACAAUCAGUUUGGACCCGACAAUGGCGGUGGCGCCCCCUGCUGGUGACUCCUCCACUGGCGUCCUCUUUUUAAACUCAUUUAUUUUAAUUUUAAAUAGUUUAGUACUCGCCAUAGUACUUAACAUUUGAUUUUUCCUCAUGAUCUUCCUUUUAUUUUGUGUUAACAUUCUAUAUUUUCUCGGUAUUUCCAUGAUUUUUUUUAAUUUGCACAAGCACUAAGAAUAGAUAAAGGACCUCACAGGUGGCUGUGAUCCGCAGUAAGCAACAUGGCGACGGGAUUUGUAGUUCUGCACAAGCUACGGCCCAACGGUUAGACCGUGGCGUCACCUCAACACGGUCUGCUCUCAAUCUGGUUCAUCUCUCAAUGUCUUAUUUUCCCUCGUUAAACGCUAGAUUCUUUUUUUUUCUUUUUUAUCAAGCCUGUGAAUGAUUUUAUUCUGAUUUUAUUUUAUUUUGUACAUUGAAGCUAAAGGAAUGAAUAAAUCUAUGGUGGUAGAGGAAAAA